AAUAAGGAAGGGCCCACACCGGGAAAGCACUCCACGGACACUUUUCAAGACAGCUUGCUGCUUUUACGUUUUAGGUUUUCACAUCAAACUACCAUCAUGUCAGACGCUGAGCAGCAGUAUAUGGAGACAUCGGAAAACGGCCAUGAGGGCGAGGAGGAUCUGAACGAAGCAGGGGAGGCUGCAGCGCGCGAUGAAGCCGGCGCAGACGUAUCGGCCGGGAAUGACGAAGACUCUCAAAAUGGUGCAUCGGACGGCGGGCAAAUUGAUGCAAGCAAAGGGGAAGAAGAUGCGGGGAAAAUGUUUGUCGGUGGCCUCAGCUGGGACACUAGUAAAAAGGAUCUUAAAGAUUAUUUCUCCAAAUUUGGAGAGGUGUCAGACUGCACCAUCAAAAUGGACCCCAACACUGGAAGAUCAAGAGGAUUCGGGUUCAUUCUGUUCAAAGAGUCGGCUGGUGUAGACAAGGUUUUGGCACAAAAAGAGCACAGAUUGGACGGACGACAGAUUGACCCCAAGAAAGCGAUGGCAAUGAAGAAAGAACCCCAGAAGAAGAUCUUUGUUGGUGGUCUGAACCCUGAAACUACAGAAGAGAGGAUCCGCGAGUAUUUCGGUGCCUUUGGCGAGAUCGAGACUAUUGAACUUCCAAUGGAUCCAAAGACGAAUAAGAGGAGAGGGUUUGUCUUCAUCACUUUUAAGGAAGAAGAAUCUGUCAAGAAAAUUCUUGAGAAGAAAUAUCACAACGUCAGUGGAACCAAGGACUUAAAUGGGAAAGAAGGCCUUUGUGAGAUUAAGGUUGCACAGCCUAAAGAAGUGUACCAGCAGCAGCAGUAUGGAGGCCGCUUUGGAGGUCGAGGAAGGGGACGUGGAGGCCAAGGUCAGAACUGGAAUCAGGGCUACAAUAACUACUGGAACCAAGGCUAUGGUAACCAAGGUUAUGGCUACGGUGGGCAGCAAGGCUACGGUGGAUACGGAGGCUACGGCAACUAUGAUUAUUCAGCAGGCUACUACGGCGGUGGAUAUGACUACAACCAGGGCAGUACAAGCUAUGGAAAAACUCCGAGACGUGGGGGUCACCAGAGUAGCUACAAGCCAUACUGAUCAUGUGUAGUGCAGGUCGUAAAACUACAGAGGAACCAGUGAUCUGGUCACAGUGAACAUUUGGGGUCUUUUACUUUUGGAAGUUGGCAGAGUCUGGACUUCUGCUUCAUUUUGUACAGAAAACAUAAGGAACGGGGGGAGCAAAUGUCACUUCACUUUUGUUUUAUAAUUUUUUUUUUGUCCCUUUUACAUUUCCAGAGAUGGAAGUGUUAUUUUUUUACUGUACUUUUUGGUACCUUUUUGAAUCUAAUGUAUUGUAUGGUUGUAUUUUACAUCUUGGCUGUCUUACCACAUCUAGUCUCAGAGCUCUCAAAAUGCUUUCAGAAUAAACCAUUUUGGUUAAAUUUUCUUUGGUGUU